AUGGACUAUUACCAAUGCCCAACAGAAGACCUUCUCAUAGAAGCACAGCGCCGCGGUUUCCCAAGACUUUGGAGCUCUCGGGACCAGCUCAUCGAGGUCUUCAUACAAGAUGACGAGGCAAAAGGAUCGGAUGCGACGACCAUUUCUACCACGGACUACGGCGCUUUCAUACCGCGGACUGUCAGUCUGGAACACACAGCGGCAUUGGACAAACCCGAUUUAGCUAUGCUGUUCAGCACCGCGCAUCGCAUCUACAACAAACUCUCCGAUACCAUCCACCUAUACAUCAUCAUGUCUGGCGCCACCGCUAUCGUCCUCUACCCUCGCAAGGAGGGCUCCACCUUUGACAAGGAGUACUACCUCAAGACACACAUGCCGCUCGCCAUGAAGAAUUGGAAAGACCACGGUCUCAAGUCCUACGCCGUCAGUGAGCUCAACGCCGAUGGUCCAUACGCCAUCAGCACCGUCAUGGAGUUUGACAGCCUUGAGAGUGUCGGAAAGGCCUUGCAGAGUGAGGGCACCAAGGAGGUCAUGGAGGACGUAAAGAACUUCAGCAGCGAGACACCGAUCCUCGUUCACGGCAAUGUCGUCGGACGGAGUUAG